CUUGCGUGUUCCCUUCUCUUCUGCUGGGUUCCAGGCUCUAUUCUGUCUUUCACGUUCGUCACGACGCGUCACGAUGUUGGCACCGCCGACAGCAACGAACAAUCUCUCGCUCUCCCCGGUGCAGACCCUCGUCAACGGCAAGGUCCCCCAGCGGUACUCGGCAGGGCGCCGCUACUUCCUCCUCAUCGUCUUCUGUCUCGCCCAAUUCCUCGAUGCUUUCAACAACUCCGCCCUGUUCUCUGCGAUCCCCUCGCUCGUCAAAAGCCUUGACAUGACCGAGAGUGAUUCUACAUGGAUCAUCAGUGCCUUUCAGCUCACGUUCGCGUCCUUCCUCCUCGUCAGUGGCAGGAUAAGUGACGUCUACAACCCAAAACACGCCUUCGUCUCGGGCGUCGUCAUGCUCGGGUGCAUUUCGAUUGGCGCAGGCUUUGUGGGCGACAAGAUAGUGCUCAUCGUCCUUCGGGCACUGAGUGGCAUUGCUGCGUCGUUGACUAUCCCUUCAGCGCUCACACUCCUGGUCGAGGUCUUCCCAGAGCCCACCGAACAGUCUCGUGCCAUUGGUGUCUUUGGCGGCUGUGGUGCCGUUGGCAAUGUCCUUGGUCUGAUUAUUGGUGCCAUCUUCGUCCAGUUCGCGAGCUGGUCGUGGGUUUUCUGGUUCGUCGCUCUCCUUGCCAUCCCCAUUGGCGGCCUCUGCCUCUGGCUUGCGCCUUCCCUCCACCAGGGGAUUGACGAGCCACAGAAGCAGCGCUGGAAGCAGCUCGACCUGGUCGGCGUGUCCAUCCUGACUGCCGCCCUCAUCCUGUUUAUCUUUGCGGUCACAUCCGGCUCGGCUGCUGGCUGGGGAACUGCGGGAGUCAUCGCGCCACUGGUUAUUUCCAUCUUUGGCGUCGUAGGCUUCUUCGUUUACGAGAAGCGGAUACCCGCUAAUACUGCCGCCGUUCCGCCUCGCACAUGGUUCCUACCCAACUUCUCGGUUCUCUUCGGCAUGGCGCUCCUCCCCUACCUCUGGUGGACGACGAUCUUCACGAUCAUCACCGCGCUGUGGCAGGAAAUCUACGAGUGGUCCGUCAUCUCGGUCGCGCUGCGCAUGAUCCCCAUCGGCGUGCUCGCGUUUGCGAUGAGCUUCAGCGGGCCGCUCUCGAACCGGGUGAGCCCCAAGUACGUGCUGCUGUUCGCGCAGGGCCUGCUCGUCGUCGCGACGGUGCUGCUCGCGACGGCGGACGCGCCGGACAAGUACUUCUCGCACGUGCUGCCCGCGUUCGUCCUCGGGAGCGCGGGCGCGAUGCUCUCGUACACGCACACGAACAUCGCCAUCUUCCGCACGUCGCCGGCGAGCAUGGCCGGCACGGUCGGCGCGAUCUUCAACGGCGCGCUCCAGCUCGGCUCGGCCGUCGGCAUCGCGGCCGUGAGCUCGAUCGAGGACAGCGUCGAGGCGAGGACCGGCAACCCCGCGGGCUACGCGGGCCGCGCGGCCGCGUUCUGGUUCCUGCUCGCGCUCAUCGGCCUCGAGGUCGUCUCGCUCCUCGUGUUCUACCGCGUCGAGGCCGAACACCGCUCGCCGCCCGCGGGAGACGUCGAGGCUGUGAAGGCCGGCGAGAAGGCCGCGGAGAAGCCCAAGGUGCAAGGUGCGCCUGCCACUGAGCCGUCUGAAGCGGACGACAAGGUCUUUGGUGAGAAGGUCGAGGAGGUGCGCCGUUCUGAGGAGGCCGGCUGGGCCUCCGAUGAGAAGAGCUCUGGAGAGGAGAUCCGCGAGGUGCCGGUGAGAAAGGCAUGAGUCCGUGCCCCAUUAUCGUUAUUCGGUUUUACUUCAUUGUUCCGUUCACGCGCGUACGCACAUUUUUCACGCAUCUCACGAUCCAUAGACGCAUCCACAAGAUCUUUCUUCAGCCAUAGAAUUCGCAGCAUAUACUUAAUGUAUCUAUAGUCAUCCCACGUCGUUAGUCGCAUGCACUUUGCACCCAGAAUCCGUCCGGUAGUAGACGCGAAACGUAGACUUGCCGUUUUCGG